AUGAUGCUGGAAUUAGCAGCUACUCACUCAAACCACUGUAAUGACAGUGCACCCUGUGCAGAUCACUGUGAUAGCAGUGCUACCUGUGAAGUACAGUCUUAUGACAGUGUUACCUAUGCAGCACACUGCAAUGAUAGUGCUACCUGUGCAGUAUACUAUGAAGACAGUGCUACCUUUGCAGCACACUGUGAUGAUAGUGGUACUUGUGCAGACAACUCUGAUGGCAGUGUUACCUGUGCAGCACACUAUGAUGACAUUGAUACCUACACAGCACACUGUGAUGAUAGUUCAACUCAUGCAGGAAACUGUGAUGAUAGGGCUACCUGUGAAGCACACUCAUAUGACAGUGUUGCUUGUGCAGCAUACUGUAAUGAUAAUGCAACCUGUGCAGUAUACAGUGAUGACAGUGCUACCUGUGCAGCACACUGCUUUGACAGUGUUACCUGCGCAGCACAUUGUGAUGACAGUGUUACCUGUGCAGCACACUGUGAUGAUAUUGCUACUUGUGCAGCACACUGUGAUGAAAGUGCUACUUGUGCAGCAUACUAUGAUCACAGUGUUAUAUACACACACUGUAAUAACAGUGUUACCUGUGCAGCACAGUGUGAUGAUUGUAUUACCUACACAGCACAUUGUGAUAACAGUGUUACCUGUGCAGCACACUGUAAUGACAGUGCUACCUGUGUAGCACACAGUGAUGACAGUGCUGUCUGUGCAGUAAUCUUGACAUCAAUCUGUCUCCAGCAGUAA